AUGAAUCACGAUCCAUAUUAUUGGGGUAGACCAUCUAAUGAAACCUAUGGUGCUUAUAACCAUAAAAUUGCCAAUGCUGGACAAUAUUCUCAUGAAUCUAAUACUAGUAAUUUCCCAAAGAUGAAUACACAACAACCUAUAGUUACUGGUACUUCAGUAGUUGCGCUGAAAUUCAAGAAUGGUAUUAUAAUGGCAGCUGAUCAUGUUGGAUCUUAUGGUUCAUUAUUAAGAUUUAAUAAUAUUGAAAGAUUAAUUAAAGUUGGUAAAGAAACUGUUGUUGGUAUAUCGGGAGAUAUAUCUGAUUUACAAUAUAUUCAAAGAUUAUUAGAUGAAUUGGAAAUUGAAGAAGAAGUUUAUGAUAAUGAUGGAGGAGAUUAUUUACGUGCUCCAAAUGUUCAUGAAUAUUUAUCAAGAGUAUUAUAUAAUAGAAGAUCAAAGAUGAAUCCUUUAUGGAAUGCUAUAAUUGUUGGUGGAUUUGAAAAAGAUCGUACUCCAUUUUUGAAAUAUGUUGAUUUAUUAGGUGUUACUUAUCAUUCAAGUACUAUUGCUACUGGAUUUGGUGCACAUAUGGCACUUCCAUUAUUAAGAAAUUUGAUUCCUGAAGAUAAAGAUUUUGUUAAAGUUAAUGAAGAACAAAUAAGUAAAGCUGUUGAAGAUUCAAUGAGAGUAUUGUAUUAUCGUGAUGCUAGAUCUGGUGAUCAAUAUUCAGUUGUUAUUAUCAAGAUUGAUGAAAGUACAGGAGAAUUGGAUUUUAAAUUUAUUAAAGAUGCCAAGGUUGAGAACCAAAACUGGGAAUUUGCUAGGGAUUUAAGAGGUUAUGGUAGUAAACAGCAAUAG